AUGAGGUUGGGACUCCUGAUCCUGAUCCUGCUCUGCUGCUUCAUACCAGCUCAGUCUGAUACUGCAGCUGAAUGGGAAGCGGAUCCGUCCUACUGGAACCUGCAGGCCAAGAAAACUCUGGACGCAGCACUGAGACUCCGACCACGCGCCCACCGGGCCAAGAACAUCGUCCUGUUCCUCGGUGACGGUAUGGGCGUGUCCACUGUGUCAGCAGCACGAAUUCUGAGAGGUCAGAUGGACGGAGGAUCAGGGGAGGAGAACGUCCUCGCCAUGGACACCUUCCCUUACCUGGCUCUGUCAAAGACGUACAGCGUGGACAAGCAGGUGGCGGACAGUGCCAGCACCGCCACGGCGUAUCACUGCGGCGUCAAGGCCAACUCCAAAACCGUGGGUCUGAGCGCCAACGCCACGGCCUACGAGUGCAACACCACCUUCGGAAGCGAAGUUUACUCCGUCCUGCACCGCGCCAAAGCACAAGGUAAAUCGGUGGGCAUCGUGACCACCACGCGGGUUCAGCACGCGUCUCCGGCGGCCGCGUACGCCCACUCGGUGAGUCGCAGCUGGUACAGCGACGCCGAUUUACCCCCCGACGCCCUGAGGGACGGCUGCACCGACAUCGCCCACCAGCUCAUCACCAACACCGACAUCGACGUCAUCCUCGGAGGUGGUCGGAUGUACAUGACACCCAAAGGGACUCUGGACCCGGAAUAUCCAUCGUCAAAUUCACGGAAAGGAGACCGCGAGGACAAGAGGAACCUGAUCGAGGAGUGGCUGAGUGAAAGGAAGGACAGAAACGCUCAGUAUGUUUGGAAUAAGGAGCAGUUUAAUGACGUGGAUGUGAACAGCACGCACUGCCUGAUGGGUCUGUUUGAAGCGAAGGACAUGAGGUUCGAGGUUUUCCGGAAUCGAACCCGCGACCCGUCCAUCGUGGACAUGACGGAAAAAGCCAUUCAGAUCCUGAGCAAGAACCCGAACGGCUUUUUCCUCUUCGUGGAAGAUGAAGGGAGAAUCGACCACGGGCACCACGCUGGCAUCGCAAAUCUGGCGCUAACGGAGACGGUGAUGUUCGACCGAGCGAUACGCCGAGCGUCUCAGCUCACCGACGAGUCUGAAACUCUCACCAUCGUCACGGCCGACCACUCUCACGUCUUCACCUUCGGCGGGAACACUCCCCGGGGGAACCCCAUUUUCGGUCUGGCACCCAAGAAGGCGGACGACAGUCUUCCAUUCACAAGCAUCCUGUACGCUAACGGACCCGGAUACGUCCACGUCAACGGGACCAGGGCCAACGUGUCGGCGGUGGACUAUUUUGAUGAUGAGUACAUGCAGCAGGCCGCCGUGCCGCUGGACACCGAGACUCACGGCGGUGAAGACGUAGCCAUUUAUGCUAAAGGCCCGAUGGCGCAUCUGUUCCACGGUGUUAAGGAGCAGCAUUACGUUGCUCAUGUGAUGGCGUACGCCGCCUGUCUGGAACCCUACACCGACUGCCCGCCCGUCCUCAACUCCUCGUCCAGACCUCCGCCCACAGCGCCGCUAAUGUUAUUACUCGUAGUGAUUUUUCUUGCCGCUAGAUGA